AUGGCUGCUUUACAAUGGUCAUAUUAUUUUUAUCAUGAUAUUCCAUAUUUAUUUAAAACAGAUGAUGAUUUAAUUGUUGAUACAAUUUUAAUAUCAUCUGUUGUUAAAUUACUUUUAACAAAUACUUCAAAUGAUAAUUCUUUUAUUACAAAACAUCGUCCAACACUUCUAUCAAAUAUAAUAUUAUCUGAUCGAAUAAGAUUUUUUCGUGGUGGUUGGGCUAUGGAUUAUCAACCAACAUUACGUGGUGGUGGAAAAUUUGGUGUUAGUGAAAAAGUUUGGCCACAUCCUGUACUUCCAGCAUAUUGUUCUGGUUUUGGUUGGUUUAUGUCAAAAUAUAUUCGUGAUCAACUUGUAAAUGUAUCAUAUACAUAUCCAUUACAUAAAACAGCUUGGAUAGGUGAUGUAUUUAUAUCAGGAUUUUUAGCUAAAGAAGCAAAUGUAAAAUGUACUGGUAUUGCAAUUGAUUUUGAUCAAACACCAUCAGCUAAUUGUUCAUGUUUAAUGGUUAAUGGUUAA